AUUAAAGGAAGCGGAAGUGCCGCCAUCUCUGAAUCUUAUUUUUGUAGUAAGCUUCAUUCCUGAGAGCAUCAUCUUCUCCAGGAUCUUCGGUGCUUGCUUGGGCCCAAUGUCAUCGUGGCGAGGGGUGCACAGUGAGAGUCAGAGCGGAGCCUGAGAAAGCCAUUUCCACCAUCCCACAUACCAGCUUGAACAGAUCUCAUUAGAGCUACACAUCCACGCAGUCGCCAUGUCGACCUCAAUGCUACGCCGGCAACUGAAGAACAUUGUUCAAAACUUCUCUGAGGCGGAGAUCAAGGUUAGGGAAGCAACCUCCAAUGACCCUUGGGGCCCAUCCAGCUCUCUGAUGGCUGAGAUUUCAGACCUCACCUACAAUGUUGUGGCCUGCUCUGAAAUCAUGACAAUGGUGUGGAAACGCCUCAAUGACAGUGGGAAGAACUGGAGGCACGUCUAUAAGGCCAUGACCCUGCUGGACUACCUGCUGAAGACAGGCUCUGACCGUGUGGCCCAGCAGUGCAACGAGAACAUUUAUGUUCUCCAGACCCUGAGGGAAUUCCAGUUCAUAGACAGGGAUGGCAAAGACCAGGGUGUAAAUGUGAGGGAGAAGGCGAAGCAGCUUGUCACUCUUCUGAAAGAUGAAGAAAAACUAAAGGAAGAGAGAACCCAUGCACUCAAGACCAAAGAGAAGAUGGCACAGACCACCAGUGCCUCCUCCACUUCUCCGCCCCCAGCUCUCAACUUCGCUAACAGGCCAGGGGGUCUGCAGCUGGGCGGAGUUGCGUCUCUGACCUCUCUGACCAAAGCGCCUGUGGGCAAGGCCGAUGCUGCUGAGUCACAGACCGCUGGAGACGACGCUAACAGCAAAGAGGAAGCAGAACAGAAGGCCCCGCCGACAGAGGGGGGCUCCUCAGAUCCGUGGGGAGCCCCAGCAGCGGCUCCCGCGGACUCCUCUGCUGCCCCCGCUGCCUCAGACCCCUGGGGUGGGCCCCCCACCACGCCCCCUGCAAACUCCAACCCCUGGGGCGCGCCCGCCACUCCCCCGGCUCAGUCGGACCCCUGGGGCGACGGGGGGACGGCGGCAGACCCCUCCGCUGACCCGUGGGGAGAUUCGUCCAAGGCCAGCAAUGACCCGUGGGGCUCCUCUGCCGCUGUCAGUCCGCCGAGUGGGGACCCGUGGGGAGCUAGUGCUGCAGCGACGGGAGAUCCCUGGGGAGCAGACGGAGGGGCCAAAGCUGCCGAAUCCACGACCUCUGACCCCUGGGGAGGCCCAGCUAAAGACACCGCUAAUGGUGCAGACACAGGAGACCAUGCAGUGGAUGGUGGAGAGGGUGGAGGCAGAGCGGGGGCCCCUGCGUCCUUAGACCUGUCUUCCAUAAGCGCCGCUCUCCCUGCCAGAAAAACGCCUGAGUCCUUCCUGGGUGCCAACGCGUCGCUGGUGGAUUUAGACUCCCUAGUCUCCUCCAAACCCAAACCCAAGCAGUCGGGCCCACCCAUGGCAUCCAUGGUCAGCAAACCCAGCCCCUUCACGCAGUCACAGGGCACCUCUCCAGCCCCAGCCAUGGCUGUCACCUCAGGCAGUACCAUAUUCAGGCUAGGGGUGUCCCCUGUUCCUCCCCUUACAUCAAGUCCUUUUGCUUCAAACCCUUUGUCCUUAGUCUCCCCACAAGCCCCCUCAUUUGGGCUGGGCCACCUCCGACACGUGCCCAGUGCCACCCAGCCCUCUCUCCCUGGAACGUUCCAGACUGGGCCUGAAAUGGGAGCUUAGACGUCUCCUCCAGUGAGGGGCAGGCUGGCCAUGUUGGCUCUCCUCACGGAGGGAGCCCCCAAUCAGGUCCUGGGGCCCUGGCACCUGGCACCUGGAUUGUUUUUUGGGGUUUUUUGGGGGGGCUGCGGCGUUCAGGGGAGAUGGCAGAGUGGUACGAAGCAGGGCAGUAGAAAGCACCGGUCCUUUGAAUUCACUCCAUCACCCUUCCCUGUCACCCACACCACUCCUCCCUCCCCAUCCCUGCCUCUGUCAUCACUGUGUGUCUGUGGAAGCCUUGCGUGUCAAACCUUUUGUAUUUAUAAUAACAGUAACUGAGCAACAAUGAAACCAGUUUUUCCUUCAAGUAAAAGUAUUUAAUAAAAUGUGUGUUUUUGUGUGGGAUACUGGACAGCCGAUAGAGCAUUAUUAGCAUUCUGCAGGCCCUUAUGAAACCACACAAAACUAAGGAACAUAGCGUGCUGCUAAUACUGCACUGGUGGGGGAGGGAAUUCCGUUGAACCAUUAACAAAUUAGAUUUUAUCCAAAAAAUACAAACAUUUCCCUAAUCACGCGAGAAUGAAGAAUGCUAUCACGCAAAGAAAAAAACGGUCGGAAAAGGUUGUUUUUCAACAGCAUUCAUUUGUGAUUUAAAUAAAAAUACAUGGUAGCACCUGUAAGCUCAAAAUCAGGAGUAUGAUGCAUUGUAUAGUAUGUAUAUAAGAAAGUCUUAUUUAAGACUGAAUAAUGCUUGAAACUCCUGUGAAAAUCUUGGUUCAGUACAAAACCCCUUUCCUGACUUUACGUGCUUUUAAUAGGAGCUGUGGUGGCCCUCAGCUGUUGAUAGGCUUUAGUCGCAAGAGAAGGCCAGCAGAAUUGUUUACACCACAUCAGUCUGUGAUUGGUUCAGAACACUCCCCUGCUUGGUUGUAGGUAUAGUUUGUCUCUGUCUAGGCUUGUAGUUUAUGAAUGCUGAUUGUUCUUUUUUUUUUUUUUAUGUCACUUUGCUGGAAACUUCCCUUUUACACCCCAUGGGCUGCAAGCAGCAGCUUAAAUCUCUGAUAAGCCCAAGUAAAAACUCCACAUUAGUGCAUUUUCCGCAUGAGUCAUAAUUGCGUGAGUGACUUCAGUGGAAAAUGGACUGAAGUCCGGGUCUGAAUGAACCUUGUGUUUAAUUCUCUCUAACAGUGUUUAUAUAGUACAGACCAAUAUGUGCUGCACCUGUUACAAAUAGUUGUGACGGAGCUGAUUUCUAUGCUGAAAAAUGUUAUGUGUACCUGAUACAUAGCUGUUUACUGUCCAAUUCUGGCUAUUGAGUUUAGUUUGGGCUAUAGUUUGGGUUUGGUCAAAUUAAAUCAAUUUUUAAGAGGGUUUUCUUGGAACAACCAGUGCAGUGUCUGUGGAAUUAGACUGUAGACAGUAAUUUUAGUAGCAUGACCGAACAUUAACUCAACUCAGGAUACGCUGUCCUUUAAAUAGCACUAAGCCACAGACGGUUCGUCGUCAUAACUGGACUGAAUUCAAGUUCAGUUCCCGUCUCUCAUACCUGUAUGGGUAUAACCAUAUAGCUUUGUUUUGAUGCCAUGGUUUAAGAUACUUAAAAAAACAAAACAAAAAACACCCUGGGGAUGUUGAAGGCAGUCUGACUGCAAUCUGACCACAUAAUGCCUAUAAUCGUGGUACUUUUUUUGGGGAAAAAAGUGUGGCAAUGCUAGGUGUUUGUUUUGUAUUGUGACUGAUACCGUUUCAUAUCCCGGGGGGGGCACUGCUGGUCUGUUCUGUUGCUCCACAGAGAUGACACCCACGUUCGGAUUCAUACAGAAUGCACAUGUGCUCUGCUGCCUCAUGCAUUGGUUGAAUGUCUGGUAUUUGUCCAGUUGAACCAGCAGCAGUGCUUUUUCCACAGAGAUUCAGAUAUUACAACUAUCAACAUAUUUGUGUGUGAUUGCCAUUGUAAACUGUAAAGUGUUUUGCAUGUUUUUAUUAAUUUCUGGAAAGGUUGUUUUAUGGCAUUAUAUAUUCAUGGUUGUUACUUUCUUUUUUAUAUAUGUAUACUGUUCCUUCAAAACGUCUUGGAACAGCAAGGCCAAUUCAUUCGUUUUUGCAGUACACUGAAUACAUUUGGGGUUUCUUUUUCAGCACAUUCCAAGUCGUUGUACAAGCUAUCUCCAAUGCUUGUGCAGUGGAUUUCCCGUCUUUUCUAAGCUUCAAAAUGGCUUGCUUUUCAGCUCUCUGGUCUUCAUGUUGGUUUAUCUUUUCUACCACAAAUGCAGUAUUCACAGGCAUAAUUCAAGGCUAAAUGAGUAGACAUUCAGAACUAUUUAUUGUUUAACCAAUCAAUCCAACAGGACACAUCUGGGCAACAAGAAACACCUGUCAGUGACAUGUUCCAAUACUGUUGCUCAUCUAAAAAUUGGGUCUGAUCUGAUAUGUUCUAAGUUGUUUAACAAAUCUUUUGACCUCGAACUUCAGUGUAUUGAAAAAACAAAGGCUGUUGCAAUACCUUUGUAGGGGACUGUUUACUGUAUCCAUGGGAACACAAAAAUCCACGUAUUUAUUUAUUUAUUUAUUUAUUUAUUUAUUUACUGAUUUUUUAAUAUUAUUUAACCAGGUAAAGACUCAUUGAGAUUUACAAUCUCUUUUUCCAGAGAAACCUGGCCACGCAGGCAGCAUAAACGGAUACAUUUAGGUUUCAUACAAACAAACACACAAAUAUCAAACAUUUGAAAAGGCAGUUUUGGGAUUGCAUAAAUAACAAAUUAGAUACAGAGACAAUACUUCCAAAAGUCCUUUAAGAUUGAAAGGCAUCAUAUGAAAUCAGUUCUGGUAAUUGUAAGUCUUUCUGCAGUGUACUCCCAGCAAAGGGGGCAGCAAAUUUAAAAGCUUUUUUUCCCAGCUCCGUGUGAACACCCGGAACUGCAGAAUGUCUAAAAUGGUGUGAGCAGGACAAUCUUGGGGGAAAGAAUACUUUUGGGCACUGGAACAUUAAAAAAAUCAUGCUGUUAUAGUUUUGAUAAUUAUUUUGUACAGAGAAUGAGGCUAUUUAUUUAUUUUGUUGACUGAAUCACCUUUCUGUGUUGACUGUGAAAUGCACAUUUGAGAAAUAAAAUGAAAAGUAAAAUUGA